AUGGCUUUCCCAAGUCGCGGAACAAGAGACGCCAAUGUGGAUCAAAUGGCGAAUAGGGCCAAAGCCAGGAACAUCGACAAGGACCUAUCAGUUGAAGGUCUUCCUGGUCUUCCAAAAGAGGCUGUUUCUCCUGACGAAAAGGGCGCCCACGGUGGAAAGGAAUACCGUACUUAUCAUGACGUCGAGAUACAUCUUGAAGACGAUACCAGCCUAGACCGGCAUAUUGUGCACGUGAAGAAACUGGGUCAGACUGCACAAUCCAGGGCCGACCUCAUUUAUUACAAGGGCGUGAGAGCGGUGCUGAAGACGGCUUUUGCUCAUCCUUUGCGAGUAGAAGAACUCAAGAUUAUGAAAUACCUGAACGGAACGGCAGGUGCCCCACAUCUGUUUGCUGCUUCUUCAUCUCGUCUCGUGAGUGAAUACGUAGGAGACAGAACGCUUAUGGAUGUGAUGCAGAAUACUGAACGCACUGAAGCACGUCUCGUCUACAUUAUGCUGUCUAUUGGCACACAGUUAGAGCAAUUGCACAAAAGAGGCAUCUCGCACAACGAUUUGAAAGGGGACAACAUAGUAUAUAAUUCAGAAGAUGGACGCUUCCACAUCAUAGACUUCGGUCUCAGUCUUCACUUUGGAGAAACGACAGGUGGCUUCCACGACCCCUACAAUGAUUUGUUCUGGAUGUCACCUGAUUGCCGGUCGGGGCAUCCCGUCACACCAGCCUCUGAUGUUUAUUCGUUUGGUAUCCUGUGCCAGAUGAUGAUGUAUUCAUGGGGAAUCAACAAUCUUUAUUUGCUAAGUAUAAUGCUGAGGGCAACGAAUGUAAAUCCAUGGAUGAGACCUUUAUUGCAAGAAAUUAAUUUGUGUUUGUCAGACUUCUUAAGGAAGUUUUGUUUUUGA